CUUAAAGCUUGCUCAGCAACGAUUCAAUUGCUUCCCCCUUCUCUUCUCCUACAUCCUCCUUGAUCCUUGGCAUCCAUCUGGGGUCAUGGCCAGAGCUAGCACAAGGCUGGCAAGUCUCUGCCUCAACCGGACUGCCGUCCUGACUCGCGCCAUCACUCGUUCUCCAAGGUCCGAGUCAAAGACUCUAUCAGCGAUGCUGGAGAAGGAUUCGAGCACUGGAGGUAAACAAACGACUGUGCUCGGUAGGAGAAUCAUGGUUCUGGUAGACUCAAAACCAGAAGCAAAGGGAGCUUUGCAAUGGGCACUGUCUCAUGCGGUUCAGGGCCAUGACACACUGGUUCUUCUUGAUGUCGUGAAGCCAAAACAUGGUAAUCGAUCUCAGAAUGGAUUGAAUCCUAGGCGUUAUGAACUGCUCUAUGCUAUGAAAAAUAUGUGUCAGGCUAGGAGACCAGAGGUUAAAGUUGAGGUCUCUCUAGUGGAAGGCAAGGAGAGAGGGCCAACGAUCGUGGAGGAAGCCAGGAGACAAGAGGUUUCACUUCUAGUCCUGGGACAAAGGAAGCGUUCGGCGACAUGGCGAUUGGUGAUGAUGUGGGCGAGGAAUAGGGUCAAAGGCGGGGUGGUGGACUACUGCGUCCAGAACGCUUCUUGCAUGGCUCUGGCCGUCAGGAGGAAGAGUAGAAGAGCUGGAGGGGGAUAUCUAAUUACUAAUAGGCGCCACAAAAAUUUUUGGCUUCUUGCUUAAAGGGAUUGCUUGCUUCUGUUAUUUGAGCUGGGAAUGUGGUUAAUCGUUGUUAGAGAAGGACACACUCCAAGAGUUUUGAAUGGGUUAAGAACUCGUAAAUUUUUAUUGAACUGAAACUCUCUUGAGUUGUACAAACGCUGCGGUGCACAGGACUUAAAUGGAAUC